AUGGUCGCCUAUAAAUUAAAAUUUAACGAAGAUCUCUUUGUUCGCGCGUAUGUUGACAUGUAUGAGGCAUUGGGUAUGGCUAAUUCAGAUCGAUCCUUCGAUAUUUCGAUGGAAAAAUUUAAAAGCGGCUGGACCUUCUUUGUAAUCCCCUUAACUUCCACAUUAGAUGAUUCAUGCGGUUUCGAGCUUUUGCGAAGUGGUACGACAAGUAUUCGCUUAGAAUUCAAUACUCCAAUUCCCACGGGGGGUGUUGAAAUGAUUGUUCUAGGGGAAUUUGAUCAGAUGCUCAUGAUUGACUAUAAUCGCCAUAUUGUAUCUGACUCAAAUUUGGGUUAAUACAUAAGAAGCCUUUUCUAUUUCAAUAACAAAAAUGCAGAAUAUUUCUGACUUUGGUAAUUUCUCCAAUCAAUCAUUUGAUUUUUUGACUAUAGAAAAUGAUUAUAUAGAUGCCCCGAUGCCUUAUGAAUUAUUGAUUUUAGUAAUACAAUACACACUAUUAUUACCUAUUAUUUUCCUCUGUUGGAUUUUAAUGCUUAGGUUUUUAAGGACCCAUGGAUAUAUUACUCAGACUCAAGCAGACAAUAUGAUAGAUACUCUAAGAAACCUCC